AUGAUAGUGGAGAGUGAUAUUGCUUGCAUUGAGCAACUUAGGAUGGAUCGUCGAACGUUUAAUAUCUUCAUUUCAUUGGUUCGUGAAGUUGGAGGGUUAAGAGAUACUAAGAACAUGGUAGUGGAAAAAAUGCUUGCUAUAUUUUUGCAUCUACUUGUAUUUGAGGAGAAGAAUAGGGAAAUAAAAUAUGAUUUUCAAUGGCCAGGAGAAACUAUAAGCAGACAUUUUAAUAAUGUGUUAAAAGCUGUGUUAAUACUUUCGAGUUUGCUCCUCAAGAAACCUGAACUGAUUCCCGAGAAUAGCACAGAUGAAAGAUGGAAAUGGUUCAAGGGAGAAUUCAUGGAGGAGGAUUCUUUAGGAGUAGUAGAAGAGCCUGAUGAGGAUAACUUAGGGGAUGGAUAUAAUGCUGAUGAGGAGGGGGAACUAGCUGAUAGAGAUGGAAUGUUGAGUGAUAAUGGUAGCUGGUGUAUUGAUUACAGAGAACUUAAUAAGGUCACUGUUAAGAAUAAGUACCCGUUACCACGGAUCGAUGAUCUUUUUGAUCAGUUGCAAGGGGCAGGAGUCUUUUCCAAGAUUGAUCUGCGGUCCGGAUAUCAUCAGUUACGUAUCAAGGAGGAGGAUAUUAGUAAAUCAGCUUUUAGAACCAGAUACGGACACUUCGAAUUUACCGUGAUGCCUUUUGGGUUGACCAACGCACCUGCAGCAUUUAUGGGGUUGAUGAAUCGGGUUUUUAACGCGUACCUCGAUAAGUGUGUGGUGGUGUUCAUUGAUGAUAUUUUGGUAUAUUCCAAGAGCCAAGAAGAACAUCAAGAGCAUUUAAGGAUAGUUUUGCAGAUUCUGCGAGAGAAUCAGUUGUAUGCUAAGUUUUCGAAGUGUGAAUUU